UUUUGCCUGCGCCCUGAACCUGCCCAGUGUGAUUCCUCGCCGUCUGUCCGUCGAAGCAAAGGGCAGACACCACAGCCUAACCAGGGCCAACCUUCUAUCCUCAGCAAUCUGAACCUCACUUUUUGCCUCGCCGCCCACCACUUGUCACCCCAUUAGGUUCUCUCUUGUUCUCUUUCAUCACACCUCUUAUUUUGAGCUCUUGUCCUCACCCGAUCUUUCGGUACCCGUCAGAUUAUCUGUUGCCAACACAAAGUUGCUCUACACCCGGGUCCAGCCCACGCCUGCGCUGCGCUCCAGUCUUAGCCCGGCUCGCCGAUAAUUUGUGGCGGUCGCGUUUCGUCCAAAAGACCUCACGGCUCACCUCAAUCCUCGACGAUCCUCCAUUUCCUGCGGCCUUUAACAUUAUUUACAACCUAUAAGAUGAGACUGUCCUCUCUCUUCUGAUAGUCGCUGUCGGUUCGCGCGACCGGCUCUCCACAUCUUAUUCUGCAGGUCCUCAGUCAAUUUACCUCAGACCCACCUGACACACUUCCACGACCGCAGUCUUUCUUCUUCCCACGCGCAUCAUCCCCGUCCUUUGGCGCUUGCGAACAGUCAGAAAACACUGAGUCUCUGCCAAGUCAUGAUGAACAUGGCCGGGAUGAACCCUCCAGCCACCGCUGGAGGUCCCGUCGGCGGCGCAAUGAUGAUGAACAACGGCAGCCCGGCAAUGCAGGUCAACACUAGUCCAUCGCCAGAUCAAGUCAAGGCCCAGUUGAAUACAUACAUCUAUGAAUACUUCCUGAAGCUGGGAUUGUAUGAUCAUGCCCGACGGCUGGUCAAUGAAGACAAGUUCGAAAUCCGUACCAAGCCUGCGGUCAAGCAAAGUCCCGGCCGCCGCAAAGAUGGGGAAGUGAAUGGAGUAGAUGCAGAUGCCAUGGAUACAGAUGUCAGAGAUGAUAUACCAGAUGAUCUGCCCCGUCCUAUGCAUGCUGCCGAAAACACCCCGGGGAUCGGAUUUCUUUUCGAAUGGUUCAGCAUCUUUUCCGACCUCUUCACUGCUCAUCAACGAUCAAGCAAGAUGCAGGGUGGCCAAAGCGCAAACAUGGGCCCAGCUGCGCAAUACUUGAUGCAGCAUCAGAAUAUGCAACGCAUAAGGGAAAGCCAACAAAGCCAGAAUCUCACCCGACCGAACAUGAUGAAUCAAAACUAUGUGCGUGCCAACAUGCGCAACAAUAUGAUCAAUGGUAACCUCCCAAGAGAAAUGGUCAACAAAAUGCCCAGUACCCCUCAACAGCUGCAGCAAAUGAACAAAGCUGCAAUGAGCCAGCAGCAGCAGCAGAUGCAGCGAGAUCAGGGUGAUGUUGACAUGAAUGGUCGUCCCUCAUCCCCAGUCGAAGGCGAGAACGGUGGGUCUCCAUCCAAGAGGCCACGGCUCGAAGGUCAACACUUCAACGGUGGCAUGAUGCCUAAUGUUCGGCCAGGAAUGCCUAAUGUCCCUGGGAACAUGAUGAUACAGAACGCCUUCCAACCCAACAUGAACAAUGGCCAGUUCCGACAAAAUGGUGCUAUGCCACAGAAGCCGAUGCAGCCCGGCAUGGCAAAUGGCAUGAUGAAUAUGGGCAAUGCCGGCUCUCCUAUGAUGCAAGGCAUGACUCCGCAGCAAUUCAACGAAAACAUCCAGCUGGAAAUAUUCAACCCGAGGGGGGGCAUCGGCCAGCAAAUGCAAGGUACACCGGGCGGUGGCCAAAGCGGCAACCAUGCUCUUCAAGAUUAUCAAAUGCAGCUGAUGUUGCUUGAACAACAGAACAAGAAGAGGUUGAUGAUGGCAAGACAAGAACAAGACAAUGCCGUUAACAGGGAUGGUGCUCCUAUGGUGGGCAUGCAGCCUGGUGGAAUGUCACCAUCGGGUAGCCGUACUGGCACAUCGCCCAUUCCUGGUGACCAGAUGAAACGAACCCCGCAACUGGGAGGAUUGCCCGGCUCGCCUUCGGCUGCGGAGGCAAUGGCAGGUCGAUCACCGGCCGGCAUGAACUUCAUGAACGGUAUGCCGACUGGCGAUUUCAACCCAGCCAUGUUCAUGAAAGACAAUCAAGGCAUGAUGGUACCUGGGGGCCCUAACAUGAGACCUCCAACCUCCAUGGAUAUGCAACAAGCCAUGGCUCGCCAACAACAACAGCAGCAGCAGCGGAUGGCAGGACAGUUUCCAGGUGGCCAGCCCAUGGUUCAGCAGCCGUCUCAGGGCCAGCCAGCACCGAUGGGCACUCCCGGCCAAAGAAACGAGAUGCCACCCCCGCAGGCUCCUCCAGUGAACAGUGCCCAGCGCAACCAACCAGGGUCACCUCAAAGCAGCAACGCACCACCUACGCCCUCGACAGCCAAUAAGCCAAAUCCCAAAUCUAAGAAGGGCAAGGAGGAUAGCAAUAAGAAGAAGCCGACAAAGAAGAACUCUGCGGCCAACGCAGCAAGCUCCGAGAACGAGCCGCCCGCCACGCCAACGCCGUCAACCCCUAUUACGCCAGUGCAUCCACAAGGCUUCAACGGUCCAGCUGGCAAACCAAACGCGCCUGGUAUGCCAAAUGCCAAUCAAGGUCCGCCACCAGCUCAGCCGAUGCCUCCCACUCAACCACCAAUGCACCAGCCUGACCUUCAACCGAGUUUUACUGACAAUUUUGGUCCGGACCAAAAUUUCAAUCUCGACUUCAGCACUUUGGAGAACAGCGAUGUGCUUGAAAACUUUGACUUUGACAGUUUCCUAAACACGACAAACGACGACACGUUCAAUUUUGACGGUGCCAUUGGUGUCGGCGGAGAUUUUGGUCUAGACCCCAGCGAGUAGUCGAUACUUGACUGACGCCAACCACUCUGUAACAUCUACCUAAUCAUUUGGCGUUGUGUUUUUACAGUGAUCGCUGACGCAUGGAAGGCGAAAGUGUGCGCGGCUUUUUGGAAACGCUGUGGUUUUGACAGACUUUCAUUUUGGUUACAAUACCCGCUGCUCGGACAGGACGAAAAUGACUUAUUGAUUGGACAUAACUCGAACAGGUUAUAUGUGGUAGUGUUGGUAUAGGAUUUCCAGGCCCGUAUUCUUUUUGAGUCUCUUUAUCGUUUAUGCAGCAUUGCUGGUGCAACCAAGAAGAGCGCCUAAACACCAGGUAUUUUUGAGCAGACUUCUUCGAGAUGCUAUUCCUGCAAAUACCCUCUCCUCGCCAAAGCUACAGCCAUACUUUCAUCGCUCGUCACUUCCACAACCAUGGGCACCGACGACGCAGCUCGCAACUACCCCUUGUAGAUCGUGCGUUGAGGACGGAGCGACGAAAUGGGGAGGAACGGCUC